GCGCCUUUUCGGAGCCCCGACCCUUCACUGAGAAGAAGCCCAGGUGAUGGCAGCCAUGCCCCUGAAAGCCUGGUACCAGGAGGUGGUGACCUUCGAGGAUGUGGCUGUGCACUUUAGCCAAGCAGAAUGGGCUGGCCUCUCUUCCGCACAGAGGGCCCUGCACAGAAGUGUGAUGCUGGAGAAUUACGGGAACUUGACAUCCCUGGGAUACACAGUUCCCAAAUCUGCCCUCAUCUCACUUCUGGAGGCACAGGAUGAGCCACCUGCAGAGAGGAGCACACACGUCUAUAAAAGUAAAGGAGAUACUGAGACCAGCAUUGGCAGUGAGUCCACAUCAGUACAGGGAAUUUCUGAAAACAGAGCCGUGGUGUUGUCUUGUGGUCUGCAGAAGAGUGCUCCUCAGAGAAGCAACUUCCUAGAAACAUGUAAACUGGAGAAGCACCAGGAAAUCUCCACAAGGAAAAAUGGUAGAGGAAAGGUUCCCAGAAUCCGCUGUGACGGGAAAUCCUUCCGGUGUGAGGAAUGUGGGAAGUGUUUCAGCUAUUUUUCUCACUAUGUUAGACACCAGAGAAUCCACACUGGGGAGAAACCCUUUGAGUGUAAUGAGUGUGGAAAAGCCUUCAAUGGCAAUUCCUCAUUGACUCGGCAUCAGAGGAUCCACACUGGAGAGAAACCCUAUCAGUGUGAGGAGUGUGGGAGAGCCUUCAAUGAUAACGCAAACCUGAUGAGGCACCAGAGGAUCCACAGUGGGGACCGACCCUAUCACUGCCAGGAGUGUGGGAAAGGCUUCACCAAUAGUUCUGAGUUUGUUAUACAUCGGAGAACCCACACUGGAGAGAAACCUUACACAUGUAAUGAGUGUGGAAAAGCUUUUGUUGGUAAUUCACCACUACUUCGACACCAGAAAGUUCACAGUGGAGAGAAACCCUACGAAUGUAAUGUAUGUGGCAAAAGCUUCGGGAGGACUUACUAUCUUAUGCAACAUCAGCGUAUUCACACAGGGGAAAAGCCUUAUUCUUGUAAAAUAUGUGGUCAAGCCUUCAAUUUGCAUAAAAAACUAACUCGACACCAGAGAGUCCACAGCGAUAAGAAACCCUUUGACUGUGUAGCUUGUGGAAAAGCCUUCAGUGCUCAGGAACAAUUAAAAAGGCAUCUGAAGACCCAUAUUCAAGAGUCUUCCUAUGAAUGUGAUGAGUGUGGGAAAGUCUUCACUAGGAAAAGAAGUCUUCUUCAGCAUCAAAGAAUCCAUACUGGAAAGACACCCUAUGGGUGUGUCAAGUAUGAACAGACCUUCAGGACUUCUUCCCAGCUAGGUGAUCUUGAGCAUGUCCAUCCGGGAGAGAAACCUGAGCUGGACAUUUGUCGUUUUGGCCUCCCAGAGUUUUUUACCCCCUUUGACUGGUAGUAUAUUCACUUUCCUUUGGACUCCCUCUUCUACUCAAGAGUAGAAUGUGUGACACCGACCUGGCUUAGCCAUCGUUGUUCGUCAGUAGGUGACCCAAGAUGGUCCAAUUAGAGUUCCAUGAUGUGGCCAGACUUAACAGGAAGAAAUACUGUUCUUUUCCCUUAGUCUUAAAGCUGAGAGGAAUUCAAUUGUGGAAGCUGAGAAUAGAGUCAACACAGCAGAAAAGAAAUCAGAGUUGGAGAUUAAUCAGCCUUGACAGUUCCAUUUGAACAACUACAUUAAACUAUGUCUGAAGCUAGAAAUACAUCUGGGCUUUUGAAUUCCAGUAACCAAUAAAUUCAGUUUUGUUUUUCUCAA